GGAGUCUUGCUCCGUCACCCAGGCUGGAGUGCAGCGGCACAAUCUCUGCUCACUGCAACCUCUGCCUCCUGGGUUCAAGUGAUUCUCCUGCCUCAGCCUCCCGAGUAGUUGGGACUACAGGCGCCCGCCACAACGCCCAGCUAAUUUUAUAUUUUUGAUGGAGACGGGGUUUCACUGUGUUAGCCAGGAUGGUCUCGAUUUCCUGACCUCGUGAUCCACCUACCUCAGCCUCCCAAAGUGCUGCUAGGAUUACAGAUGUGAGCCAAUAAGUCCGGCAUCUUUUUUUUUUUUUUUUUGUGGAAACAGGGUCUCACUGUGUCUCCCAGGCUGGAGUGCAGGGGCACAAUCUCGACUCACUUCAGCUUUGACCUCCCAGGCUCAAGCGAUCCUCUCACCUCAGCCUUCCAAGGAGCUGGGAUUACAGGCACCAGGUCCAUACUACUGGGCCCUGCUAUUUACAAAUACACUAGACGGGUUUUAGCUGCUCUCUGAACACCAGGUGGGAAAUGGAUUGUUCGGAAGGCAGACGAAUAGAGGAGGGACCUGAUUAGGAAGGCGGGGGUGCUCCAGAUGAGAGAGGAGGUGGGGUGACCUCAAGGUCUGGGGAAAGUGGGUGAAUGCAGGGCUCCAUCAAGGCUCUCAACAAGGUCUCUCACCGGAGCUCAGAUGUGAAGCCCAGAAGGCAGAUCAGAGGCCUGAGGUCAGAGGCAGGUCAAAGGUGGGGGUCCCACCUGGUCCCCUUGGUGCCUUCCCUUAGAAUGAAGUGACCAGCUGCCUGGAAGGGUGGGCAAGGGGGCAACAGGAUGGGGUAAAGGCCAGUUACAAGUAGAAUCCUGGAAGGCCAGGCGCAGUGGCUCACGCCUGUAAUCCCAACACUUUGGGAGGCCAAGGCGGGCGGCUCACUUGAAGUCAGAAGUUUGAGACCAGCUUGGCCAACAUGGUGAAACCCCAUCUCUACCAAAAAGUACAAAAAUUAGCCGGGCGUGGUGGCACACACCUGUAAUCCCAGCUACUCGGGAGGCUGAGGCAGGAAAAUCAUUUGAACCCCCGGGAUGCAGAGGCUGUAGUAAGCCGAGAUCCCGCCACUGUACUCCAGCCUGGGUGACAGAGUGAGACCCUGUCUCAAAACAAACAAAAACCAAGUAGAAUCCUGGAUAGACAGUGGCUCAGGGACUCAGCUGUCCCCAAAUCACCUACCUUAGCUCUUCGUGCAGGGGAUGGGGGAUCUCCAAGAUCUUCAAAGAUAGGGAGGUGUCCUCAAGAUCUUCAAAGGUGGCCAGGCGUGGUGGCUCACGCCUGUAAUCGCAACACUUUGGGAGGUCAAGAUGAGAGGAGGCCAUCUUAAGGCCAGGAGUUCAAGACCAGUCGGGGCAACAUAGCAAGAUUCUGCUUCUGUUUCUGUUUUUUGGUUUUUUUUAAUGUUUCCUCGAAAUCCCACCUUAACAUCUACACAAUGGUGCCUACAGUUUUCCCCAUUAACCUCCUCUCUGUGGACAGAAUAUUCCCCUCCCCACCUAAGUUCAACCGGAAGGAGAUGCCUCAACGCCCCCACCCAGGCUUCCCAGAGCUGAGAACAAAGGAAACCAGUUUAGUUCGAAUUUCCUGUGAAUUCAACUGGGGGCCAGCAGUGCAACUGAGACCAGCCCCUUCCCUGGGGCAUACUCAGCAGUGCUGGCCACUUUGCAGAGCCCCGUCUGGGUCCCCCACCCUGGCCUCCAAGGGCCACAGCAUCCCCUUCCACCCACAGGCCUGGGCAAGGUACAGUCCCCAGACUUCUGCAAUCUUAACCGCUGUGCUUCCGUCGCAGUGGGAGGCCCCGCCUUUCCCCCUGCCUGCCCUUCGGGCACCUCAGGAAGGCACCUUCCUCUGUCAGAAUGGCCACCAUGGUACCAUCCGUGUCGUGGCCCAGGGCCUGCUGGACUCUGCUGGUCUGCUAUCUGCUGACCCCAGGUGCCCAGGGGCAGGAGUUCCUGCUGCGGGUGGAGCCCCAGAACCCUGUGCUUCCUGCUGGAGGGUCCCUGUUGGUGAACUGCAGUACUGAUUGUCCCAGCUCUAAGAAUAUCGUCUUGGAGACGUCCCUAUCAAAGGAGCUGGUGGACAAUGGCAUGGGCUGGGCAGCCUUCCACCUCAGCAACGUGACUGGCAACAGUCGGAUCCUCUGCUCAGCGUACUGCAGUGGCUCUCAGAUAACAGGCUCCUCAAACAUCACCGUGUACAGGCUCCCGGAGCGUGUGGAGCUGGCACCCCUGCCUCCUUGGCAGCCGGUGGGCCAGAACUUCACCCUGCGCUGCCAAGUGGAGGGUGGGUCGCCCCGGACCAGCCUCACGGUGGUGCUGCUUCGCCAGGAGGAGGAGCUGAGCCGGCAGCCCGCAGUGGAGGAGCCAGCGGAGGUCACUGCCACUGUGCUGGCCAGCAGAGGCCACCACGGAGCCCAUUUCUCAUGCCGCACAGAACUGGACAUGCAGCCCCAGGGGCUGGGACUGUUCGUGAACACCUCAGCCCCCCGCCAGCUCCGAACCUUUGUCCUGCCCGUGACCCCCCCGCGCCUCGUGGCCCCCCGGUUCUUGGAGGUGGAAACGUCGUGUCCCGUGGACUGCACCCUAGACGGGCUUUUUCCGGCCUCAGAGGCCCAGGUCUACCUGGCGCUGGGGGACCAGAUGCUUAAUGCGACAGUCAUGAACCACGGGGACACGCUAACGGCCACAGCCACAGCCACGGCACGUGCAGAUCAGGAGGGUGCCCAGGAGAUCGUCUGCAACGUGACCCUAGGGGGCGAGAGACGGGAGGCCUGGGAGAACUUGACGGUCUUUAGCUUCCUAGGACCCAUUCUGGACCUCAGCGAGCCCAGCGUCCCUGAGGGGGCCACAGUGACCGUGAGUUGCAUGGCUGGGGCUCGAGUCCAGGUCACGCUGGACGGAGUUCCGGCCGCGGCCCCGGGGCAGCCAGCUCAACUUCAGCUAAAUGCUACCGAGAGUGACGACGGACGCAGCUUCCUCUGCAGUGCUACUCUCGAGGUGGACGGCGAGUUCUUGCACAGGAACAGUAGCGUCCAGCUGCGUGUCCUGUAUGGUCCCAAAAUUGACCGAGCCACAUGCCCCCAGUACUUGAAGUGGAAAGAUAAAACGAGACACGUCCUGCAGUGCCAAGCCAGGGGCAACCCGUACCCCGAGCUGCGGUGUUUGAAGGAAGGCUCCAGCAGGGAGGUGCCGGUGGGGAUCCCGUUCUUCGUCAAUGUAACACAUAAUGGUACUUAUCAGUGCCAAGCGUCCAGCUCACGAGGCAAAUACACCCUGGUCGUGGUGAUGGACAUUGAGGCUGGGAACUCCCACUUUGUCCCCGUCUUCUUGGCGGUGUUAACGACCCUGGGCGUGGUGACUGUCGUAGUGGCCUUAAUGUACGUCUUCAGAGCGCAGAAACGGAGCGGCAGGUACCAUGUUAGGCAGGAGAGCACCUCUCUGCCCCUCACGUCUAUGCAGCCGACAGAGGCAAUGGGGGAAGAACCGUCCAGAGCUGAGUGACGCUGGGAUCCGGGGUCAAAGUUGGUGGGGGCUAGGCUGUGCCCUCAGAUUCCGCACCAAUAAAGCCUUCAAACUCCCUAA